AUGGCACCCUCAGCGACAUCCCCCGCCCCAACCCCCCCCACCACCACCACCAGCGACGACGACCUCACGAUUCUUGCCCUGCGCAAGACCCUCUGCUCGGAAUCGGAGCCACUGGCCCGCCGCUUCCGCGCCCUCUUCUCCCUCAAGCACUUUGCGUGCCAGCCCUCGUCCCCCUCCCAGCUCGCCGCCAUCGACGCCAUCGCCGCGGCCUUCGCCUCGCCCUCGGCGCUCCUCAAGCAUGAGCUCGCGUACUGCCUGGGCCAGACCCGCGCCCUGGCCGCCGUGCCGUACCUGACGGCCGUGCUGGAGGACCGAGGCGAGGACCCGAUGUGCAGACACGAGGCUGCGGAGGCGCUGGGCGCGAUUGGGGAUCUGGGGUGCUUAGCGCUGCUGCGGGAGCGGAGGGAUGAUGCGGAAGAGCUGGUUGUCGUGACGGAGACGUGCGAGAUUGCCGUUGCGCGCAUCGAGUGGGAGAAUAGCGAGGAGGGGAAGAGGGAGAAGUUGCAGAAGAGUGAUUUCGCGUCUAUUGACCCCGCGCCCACGUCGGAGCAGAGCGAGAAUAUCGAGGAUCUGGAGAAGAAUCUGCUGGAUACAACGAAGCCUUUGUUUCUGCGUUACAGAGCUAUGUUUGGACUGAGGGACUUGGCUUCGCCGCCUGACCUCCCGACUGCGGUUCCUGCUGUCCUCGCUCUAGCGAAGGGGUUCGCGGAUCCUUCUGCGCUGUUCCGACACGAGAUUGCCUUUGUCUUUGGACAGUUGUCGCAUCCUGCGUCCAUCCCUGCGCUAACGGCCGCCCUGGGCGAUUUGAACGAGGCCAGUAUGGUCAGACAUGAGGCUGCUGAGGCGCUGGGUAGUUUGGGCGAGGAGGAGGGUGUGGAGGAUACGCUGAAGCUGCACUUGAACGACAAGGAUCAAGUCGUGAGAGACAGUGUGAUCGUGGCUCUGGACAUGGCAGAGUUUGAGAAAGGGGGCGAGGUGGAAUAUGCGCUGAUUCCAGAGACCGAGAAGGCGUAG